AUGUUUACUCCAGAAAAGUGCGAGGGCGGGGAGCUGCAGACGCUGCUGGACAGGGACAUCGUCCCGGACGAGGCGCAGCCGCAGAACCUGGUGCUGACGGGAGAGUUUCCGCACGGGGACGUGAAGCUGUGCGACUUGGGCAUCUCUCGCUACGUGGGCGAAGGCGCCGACGUGCGGGACAUGUUGGGUACGCCUGACUACGUGGCUCCAGAAGUUCUGAAUUAUGAGCCAAUCAGUCUUGCUACUGAUAUGUGGUCUGUAGGAGUUCUUGUGUAUGUCCUGCUGACUGGCUGUUCUCCCUUUGGAGGUGAUACAAAGCAAGAAACCUUCUGCAACAUCUCCCAGUGCAACCUCGACUUCCCCGAAGAUUUGUUCGAGGAUGUGACAGAGGAAGCAAAGGACUUAAUGAGAAAACUAAUGGUGAAAGAACCAAGCAAACGACUAACAGUGGAGCAGUCCCUGCGACAUCCAUGGUUCUCUACGACUCAAGUGCCUACACCUCUAGGUGCUAUGCGGGAGGCUAGCACUGAGUUAUCUUCAAAGAAUUCCUUUAGGGAGGCGGAAUGCAAGUCCCCGGUUGUUUCUAUGAAACUGGAAAAAUCUUCACCAGCUCUUUCCAAGAAAAUGGACCGUCCAUCACCAACAAUGAUGCGAAAACCAGGCAAAGAAAUUCCUGAACUGCCAUGCAAGAACAAUGACAUGCCUCUUAGUUUGCCAAAACGAACAGUUCCUGUCACAUGUGAUGUUGCUUCCCGAUCUCAGGCACUAAUAGAAGUCAAUAAAUCAAUAGUAACAACAACAACAACAACAGUGAGUGAAAUUAACACUUCCAAAGAGCUUCUUGAAGGUACAGAGAGCAACAUGCAGGAUAGAAGCAAUGGAGGAAUGCGAUCCUUCAGAAAAAAUACUUUCAAGAAGAAUAUGGGUAGUAUUCUUGAAAGAGUAACCUCAUGUGAAGACUUCAAGAAUAAUAAUGGCUUCAACUUGACUAAUGGUAUUACCAAUAAAAAUAAAAGUAAUGACACUAGCAGCACUACUGGUAUCAGUAAUAAUAGUGCCAUUGAAAGUAAUACCCACGUCACAAGCAACAGCAUCAUCACUAGCAACAUAAGUACUGACACCAUCAGUAGUAAUACCAGCACCAGCAGCAAUAACACCAUACACAAUAGUAAUACUUCUACUAUCACUACAUCUACUGUUACUACUCCUAGCAGUUACAGCUCCAAUGCUAGUAAUUCUAUCAACGACAACAAAAAUAAUAAUUAUAACCAUGAGAAAGUCACUCAUGUGAGCAGCAUUAGCUUCAACACGAGAGGCAACAUGACCAGUAGCUGCAGCACUAGCAAUGGUUCUACCAGUAAUAUCAGUCACAGCAGCAGUACGUACGGCAACAAUUUAUGCACUAGUGUCACGCAGCCCAAAACUGGUUCUAUUUCUGCAAACAGAGCAUUAUUUGAGAGCAACAGAUUAUCAGUGAGAUUCAGUUCCAGCUCGAAAAAGGUCCCUGUUCCAGAGACUCCUGCUGCCAAUUCUAAUGCUUCCAUUGCUUCCCUUACAAUGUCACGGCCCAACAGAGCAACAGCUAUGCAAACUAUGCCUCUUGGAGGAGUGAGAGAAUACAGACUGAAAUUUGAGUUAACUUCCUCCUCACCCUCUACAACAACCACAGCCACAACCACAACCACAGCAGUUAGACACAGUUGCACAAGCACUGCAAGCAGAUCUACCACUGCCACUACCACAAUGACAAUGUCCACUGCUCCAUCUCUUCCUGUCGCAGCUUCCGUUUCAGUGACUCCUUCCACACAUCCUUCCUCAGACAUUGCUGGUUCACAGAAAAAUGAAGACAAAGACUGUGUAUAUACUUUUAGAAAAUGCUUUAUUGUUGACGAUGCAGAAACAGAAAAUGGAAACUCUUUAGUGAGUGAUGGAACUAAUGAGUCUGAGACCAGUUCUGGAUAUUACGAUAAUUCGAGCUGCUGCUCUAGUAGUGAUUCUGUAAGUGAUGUCAGUGAAACGUCAACAGACUCUGCAGGAGAUCGUUUGAGCACAGCGUCUAUGGAUUCUCUGGACUCCUGCUAUGGCAAAGAGAAAAGGCAUUAUUCGUCUACUCUGACAGCAUUUUCCUUGAAAAAUAACUACAACAAAAGAGUUAACAGUCUCAAGACUGAAACAGUUUCAAAAACACACCAAAGUCCUGCUUUCCAUCGAGCAGUUUCAACAUUCAAUCACAUUUCAGAAAAUUCCAAUAAAGGCUUCAGUCAACCAGAGGAUGUGGAACAAGAAAAAAUAUUUGCUGCAGCAAGACGCCAAGCUGCCAAGGCAUCCCACACCACAGUCAUCAACAAAGCUGCCAGGGCUUCCUUCGUGCCCACUGCCCCAGCCAGUCCUGUUGUUCGUAAAGAGUGUGCUCUUAAUAUUACUAAAGAAAGAAACGGUAAAGAAGUUGUUCUGCAAGAAGUAAAAGCAGGAAAAUGUAGCCGCUUCAGUGAAGUGAAGAUAGAAUCAGUGCAAUCACGAAUCAAGAAAUUUCAGAGUUGAAGUGCCAAAAGUAAAGUGUCCAUUAAAUAUGUAUUAUAGAACUCUUCAAAUUUUGUGAAAAAACAUAAAAAUCAAACGUACAAUGUCUGUUUGUAUACUAGUCAAUAAUUUCUUGUGUUCUAGUUUCACAAAUAUCCCUAAUUAUUCAUUGUAUGUUUCUGUAUUGGGAAAUUCAUGAAUUUGAGAUGCGGAACAUCAUUGUGUAAAUGUGUACAAAGCAGUUCCUAUGUGAAACUACUGCACUGAUCACUGAUCCCAGUUCACCGAGAAGAUGAUUCCGUGCGUUCAAUCAUAGUGAAUAACCAAGAAGAGUUGUAAAAAUUCUUAUUUUAUAUUAUGUGAUUAUAAAAUUACUAGUUAUGGAAUUUAAAUAUUUCAUGAUCAAAAUAAUUUAUGUGAAUUUCACAAAGUAAAAUGGAACUUGUUCCCUAUUAUCUUCACCCAUUCAGUGAUGAAUUAUGAAUGUGGUUGGAAGAUAUGUUUGGAACAAAUGACUGUAGAAAUUGUUUAUAAUAUCUUGGAAUAAUUUCAAGAUAUUCAUUAUCAUGGAAAAGCUUGUGGUGCAAGACAUGUUUAAAUUAUGUGCAUAUUGAGAGCUAAGAGUUGUGAGACUUUUUCGUGCCAUUUCUUUUGAUUACUCAUGCAUUGUAUAAACAAAAUAUUAAACAAUGUUCAGAACAAUAAUCAAAAGACUUGCAGCAAAAAUUACAAUUUAGUAGCUCAAGUCUUCUCAGAUAGUAAAAAUGCUUCCAAUAUUUGUGGUAAAAAUGUGUCAAAUGUAAAUAGACAGGCAAGUGUCAUUUCAUAUUUAUAAGAUACAUAUCAAUGUUUUUAACUGAAAUGUUACCUCUUGAACUAUUUAUAUUUCUCAGGCCUAUUAAAUGCAAAAACAAUUUUAUCAAAUGUUUGAAAAUGUCUUUCUUAAAAAUUGUUAUUCUUACUAUUGGAUUAAAAAUCAAUUCUAUUCACAUUUUUAUUCAUUCUGAGUAGAUUUCUUAAACUGUACUUAAUAUCGCAGACUAUGGAUUUGUGAAGAAAGAAGACUGUAGACUGGUGCAUUUUUCACUUUACCAAUACUAUAAAGCAGUAAUUUUGAAACAUUUUUAAUAACUGCCUUUACUUCUGACUAUCAGUCAGAAUUUUACCAAGUUACAACUGUAUCAAUAACAUUCACAAACCUAUCCAGAACAAGGAACAUUCAGUAGAAAUUCUUCAAAUUGUAAUUUUGAAUUUGCAUCCAAUGAAUUUGAUGAAAAACGGUGGUCAUGUUUGAUCUUUGUUCUGGACCAGUGGAGUACUUUCUGGACCAAUGUAAUAGUUCUCUGCCAAGGUGAUUCAAACAUUUUUGUGUUGUAAGGAAAUAAGAAAUGUUGAUAAUAAACAUUUUA